UCCUGGCCUGGCUGGUGACGCAGCUGGAGGUGCCCCUCAAGGGCGAGGUGCUCUCCUUCAUCCUGGACGACGUCCGCGCCCGCCUGGACCUGGCCUUCGCCUGGCUCUUCCAGGAGUACAGCGCGCACCUGGGCGGCGCCGGCGGCCUGCAGCGCUACGACGAGUGCCUCAUCGGGCUGCUGGCCGGGCUGCAGGAGAAACCCGACCAGAAGGACGGGAUCUUCACCAAGGUGGUGCUGGAGGCGCCGCUGAUCACCGAGAGCGCCCUGGAGGUCAUCCGCAAGUACUGCGAGGACGAGAGCCGCACCUACCUGGGCAUGUCCACCCUAAGGGACCUGAUCUUCAAGCGCCCCUCGCGGCAGUUCCAGUACCUGCACGUGCUGCUGGACCUCAGCUCCCACGAGAAGGACAAGGUGCGGCAGCAGGCGCUGCUGUUCAUCAAGCGCCUGUACGAGAAGGAGCAGCUGCGCGAGUACGUGGAGAAGUUUGCGCUCAAUUACCUGCAGCUCCUGGUGCACCCCAACCCGCCCUCGGUGCUCUUCGGCGCCGACAAGGACACGGAGGUGGCGGCGCCCUGGACCGAGGAGACCAUCAAGCAGUGCCUGUACCUGUACCUGGCGCUGCUGCCCCACAACCACAAACUCAUCCACGAGCUCGCCUCCGUCUACACCGAGGCCAUCGCCGACAUCAAGCGCACGGUGCUGCGCGUCAUCGAGCAGCCGAUCCGCGGGAUGGGGAUGAACUCCCCGGAGCUGCUGCUGCUGGUGGAGAAUUGUCCCAAGGGCGCCGAGACGCUGGUGACGCGCUGCCUGCACAGCCUGACGGACAAAGUGCCACCCUCCCCAGGGGAUGACAGUGGGUGACAGUGACAGUGUGUGACAGUGUGUGACAACGGGUGACAGUGUGUGACCCCGGGUGACCCCGGGUGACCCCGGGUGACAGUGCCACCCCCGUGUCCCCGCAGUGCCACCCUCCCCAGGGGAUGACAGUGGGUGACAAUGGGUGACAGUGUGUGACCCCGGGUGACCCCGGGUGACAGUGCCACCCCCGUGUCCCCGCAGUGCCACCCUCCCCAGUGGGUGACAGUGUGUGACCCCGGGUGACCCCAGGUGACAGUGUGUGACAAUGGGUGACCGUGCCACCCCCGUGUCCCCGCAGUGCCACCCUCCCCAAUAGGUGACAGUGUGUGACCCCGGGUGACAGUGUGUGACCCCGGGUGACAGUGUGUGACCGUGUGUGACCGUGUGUGACCCCGGGUGACCCCGGGUGACAGUGUGUGACCCCGGG